CUUGCCAAAGAACUCAAAAGUUGAAAGUUGAAUGGAUUUCUGGGAUUUCUUGAGAAUUUCUGCUAAAUAAAUAAAAUUUUCCUGCAUUUACCAUGUACAGAAGAAUUUUUCUUUCUUUCCGUACUCAACAUCGAUUCUUUUGCAAUAAGAAAGCCCUAGACACAAGCGGUGACAGUCCCACAAUCAAUUGGAAAGAACUAAAAUACGAAACCAAAGUGCCACUCGAACCGGUUGUCCCAUUCAUCCCAGAACCCCAAGACAUCGAAAUCGAUAGUAAAACUAUCCAACUUUUGGAGAGAUUGUCAUUGGUUGAUUUGGAUAGCAAGGAAGCCUUGAAGACUCUCAAAGAUAGUAUUCAAUUUGCCGAUCGUAUAAUUCACAUCGACACAACCUCAGUGGAACCACUCUACACGGUUCUUGAAGACCAGGAUCUCCAACUGCGUGACGACGUAGUCACUGAUGGAAAUAUCAGAGAGGAGAUUCUAAGUAACGCAAAAAUAACAGAUGAAGAUUACUUUGUUGCUCCUCCUGGCAACAUCCCGCUCGAACAAGAAGAGAAGAAUUUCCAAUAA